AUGGCAUACAAUCUGAAGAACUGCGUCACAGCCAUGAUAGGCUGUUUUCUCUUCAUUUUACUCGUUCUGCCAUCUAGUUAUGCGUUUCUUUGUGAAGAAUCCACAGAUUGUCAUGCUCUUCUUAAAUUCAAGGAGGGUCUAAGAAGCGAUCCCAAAGGUCAUCUACAAACUUGGAACAAAGCCAAUCCCUUCUGCAACUGGACUGGUAUUACAUGCCACCCACAUCUCCAAAACCGGGUUGUAGAUCUUGAACUCAUAGACAUGGAUUUGCGAGGAGGGAUAUCACCAUUUAUAUCCAAUAUUUCUCUUCUUACCACCCUGUCUCUACAAGGCAAUAGAUUCUAUGGAAAAAUUCCAUCUUCCUUGGGAGGACUUUCAGAGCUAGCAUUUCUCAAUGUAAGUAAAAAUAACCUUGAAGGUAAUAUUCCUGGUUCAUUACAUGGUUGUCAAAGCUUGAAAGUCGUAGAUUUGAAUUACAACAAUCUAUCUGGGAUCAUUCCUAAGGAACUCAGUUGGAUGAAGAAUUUAACCUACUUAUGUCUGUCACAGAACAGACUCACUGGAGUGCUACCAUCAUCACUGUCGAACUUGACUGAAUUGACACAACUAGAACCGGCUGUCAACUAUUUUACUGGAAAGAUCCCUCCACAGCUUGGAGCCUUAAGAAAGCUAGAGAUUCUGUACCUCCAUAGGAACUUUCUGGAGGGAUCAGUACCCACAGCAAUUAGUAACUGCACUGCUUUACGUGAAAUUUCACUGACUGGGAAUCUAUUAAGUGGAGAAAUCCCUUUAGAGCUGGGUGCAAAACUCCAGAACUUGCAGAAAUUGUACAUGAUUGAUAACAAUCUUUCUGGUAAAAUUCCAGUGACCCUCUCCAAUCUCUCUCAGCUGACACUGCUUGAUCUCAGUCUCAACAAUUUAGAGGGGAAGUUCCUGCAGAGUUGGGAAUGUGGUCUUUCAAAAGACCUCUUUUACUUCAAUCUUUUGGAUAAUUACAUUAUGGGAAGUAUACCAGACAGUAUUGGAAACUUAAGCAGCCUAGUAACCUUAUACCUGUCAUACAACCUUUUGGAAGGAAAAAUUCCACCAUCAUUUGGAAAGCUUGGGAAUUUGCAGAGGUUAUACUUGGAGAGAAACAGAAUUCUUGGGCCAAUUCCAGAUGACUUAGGGAAUAUGCGUAACCUUGGAGUACUGAAUCUUGGGAAGAAUUCGGUUGGCGGGUUGAUUCCACCUUCACUUGCUAAUCUCUCACAACUGAGAUAUCUUAACCUGUCUAGAAAUCACCUAUCAGGAAAAAUUCCAGUGGAGCUUACUCAGUGUUCUCUUAUGAUGCUGCUUGAUUUAUCUUUUAACAGCUUACAAGGUUCUGUUCCUGUACAGGUUGGCCUUCUUUCAAACUUAGCACUCUCACUUAACCUUUGA